CCUCAGUAAGUGCUGGAAAACGCUUCCGACAAUAGAGUGAUGCUCUACAUUACUCACCAUUGUUAGUUAAGUCUGUGUUUUCAUUAUAUUAUAGGAUUGGUUUGGCCAGUGAAGAAUUACCAUUACCAAAUUGAUUCAACUAAUACAAUAUUAUCGUUGAAAGUGAAAAAUUUUUUCAGUGGGCUUUUAACAGAAAGCAAACCUACAUUUUUCCUUGAGAAAGCGGUAAAAACUAAGCCGGCGAUAGUAGAUCCAUUUUCUCUACAUACGAUCAGAACUUACAUAGUUUAAAUGUCUUCAACCGAAGUGAAGCUAUCAAGGCUGCUGAUCUUAGCGCAAAAGUUUAACAACUUUUAUCUAUCAGGUAUUCAUAAGUGUGACAUUCGUCCAUUUGUGGUAGAGGGGCAACAAGUUGGUCUUAUUAAGUCAGAUGUUUUAAAACAUCUUAAAAAGUAUCCUGAAGUAUUUUGCAUUCGGGCUUGUGAGCAAAGUAAACAGGGUUCGGUAGAGCUAAAUCCUGCUUUUCGUGACUAUAACGAGCGCACUGAGCAACUGGAAAAGGUUUUGCGUAUCUUGCGCUCCGAGGGACUUUUUCCUGCAUUACAGGGAUGGAGGGAUGAGUAUUUCGAGGUAAAAGCAGACUGCAGAGCUCUACUUAAAAUGGAACGAGCAGCUACUCCGCUCUUUGGAGUGCGAAAGUACGGCGUUGAUAUAAACGGUUACGUAAGGCACCCGACGCUUGGGUUAUGCAUUUGGCUGCAGCAGCGGUCAAACACAAAAGAGACCUGGCCUGGAAAAUGGGACAAUAUGGUAGGCGGUGGACUUUCAGUCGGCUUUGGUAUUAAGGAAACAGCCAUUAAGGAGGCUGCAGAGGAGGCAUCAAUUCCUUCUGACCUAGUCAAGAAUUUGGUGUCCGCAGGAUGUGUCUCAUUUUACUUUGAAAGCCGACAAGGACUUUUUCCCAAUACCGAAUAUGUUUUCGACUUAGAGCUACCACUUGACUUUGUGCCUCAAAACGCUGACGGGGAGGUCCAGGCCUUCGAGCUACUAACAGCCAAGGACUGUGUGGAGCGCGUUUUUACUUCAGAUUUCAAGACAACUUCAGCGCCUGUGGUGAUCGAUUUUCUUAUCCGACAUGGGCACAUAACAGCAGAUGAUGUUGUCGACUUCACGCAAAUCGUUGAGCUCCUGCACGUGCCCUUACAGUCCCUAUAUACGUACAAGACACGCUUUGAGCAAUCCAUUAAGCAACCUCAAUUCUUGCCAGGUGAUUCCAAAAACUGCAACUGUGAAAUAUUUCAGAAAAUAUCAGUGGAGAAUGGGCACAAGAAGUCAAAUUAAUCUGAAAUGCUGAAUAGUCUUAAAAAUAAAUAAUGAGGCAGGGCUACAAAGAAAUAAUGCAAGCUAAUAACAAAAUAAAAGUGAUUGUAAUUGAAGUGAACUUUCUGAAGCCCAGGCUAGUAUCAAAGAGGUACACAUUAUAUAUUAUAUAUAUAUAUAUUAUAUAUUAUAUAUAUAUAUAUAUAUAUUAUAAAAUAUCAUUUCAUUUGUGUAGUCUACUAACAGCUGUCAAGAGUUUGUAAUUCAAUUAGAUUUUUAAGAGUAGUGUUGAGCUGGUAUUGUAUUGCUGUGCUAUCUAACGUAUAAUGAACAAAAUAAUGACAAAUUCUCAAAUUCUGCUGAAAAAUAUUAUGAAGCGUAAUAUUUCAUUGUAUAGUGAUAAGCGUUGGUUUGGGCUUUAUUCGUUGUUUUCGUUGGUAUAAACAAUCAAAUUUUAACUAUUUUUUAAAAUAUUAAUUGUUAUUAUAUAACCUCCCCUGAUACUUGUCAAACAUGGAGAAAAACCACAAAACUCGUUUUUUGUCAAAAUAUUCAAUUUACUUAAAAUGCAAUAUUAUAGCAGUGUGAAUUAUAUAUAUUACAUCUUUUAUUAUAUGUAGUAACCAAAGUGCUCAAAAUUAAGAGAUACAUUAUAUAGGUAGGAUAAUAUUUUAUGUACAUUUUU